CAUUGAUGAUAAAGUUGAACUUAUAAAAUACCAUGAAAGUCAUCCACAGCUGGGUGUCAGAAAAAUCGCAGAGAAAUUUAGUUGUGGUCGAACCCAAGUUUCAACGAUUAUCAAGAAUAAAGAAUCCAUUCUAGACGAGGUAAUCCAUGUAGCAAAUCAGGCUAGUCGGAAAAGGCCAAAUCCGCAGAAAUUUUCGGAGAUAAAUGAAUAUUUGUGGGCAUGGUACAAUCGCUGCAGAGAAUCUAAUGUCCCUGUGAGUGGUCCCAUGCUGCAGAGGAAGCAAAACUAACUGCCAAACGACUUGGUGAUAAUGAAUUUCAAGGUUCAAACGGAUGGCUAGAGAAAUGGAGGAAAAGGUACAACAUCAAAGAGAUGAGAGUCGCUGGUGAAGACGGUGAUGUCAACGAAGUAACGCUUGAUAGCUGUCAGGAGCGCGUCAAGGAAUUAACAAAGGGUUAUGCGCCCGAAAAUGUUUGGAACAUGGACGAGACGGGACAGUUUUGGAAAGCACUUCCCGACAAAAGUCUUUCUGAAGCAGGAAAAAGAUGCCGAGGUGGGAAAAAAGCAAAACAACGGUGUACAUAG